AUGGCCGAAGUUCUUAUUUCAUAUGGCGCAAAUAUCAAUGAAAAAGAUAGAUAUAGAAAAACAGCUCUUCAAUAUGCAUUAGAUAAUGGUAAUAAAAAUAUUGCUGAACUUCUUAUUUCACAUGGCGCAAAUAUUAAGGAUUCACCCAACUGUAUGCUAAUUUGA